AUGGCCUUGUGCUUCAUCACCUGCGCAGUGGUGAAUGUGGUACCACCUGGCGAAGACGGGGGAUGUGCUGCGGUUCAGUGUCUUACUGGUACUGUAUGUGUUCAAAGUAGCACCGGUGCUAAAUGUAUGGCAAUAGAUUCAGGAAACAGUUGCAACACAAAAAGGUGCUCUCGAGGCCAACAAUGCCAGUACGAAGCUGAGGAAUGCAUUCCAGACAAGGCGUGUUUUGCACAGCCGAGAUGUGUGCAUGGAAGUGGAUCAUAUAUUCAACCCGAGCAUCCUCCUGUUAUGAUCGCAAACAAAGGUAACGAUGCGCUGAGAGACGGGCCACCUGGAGGGCUCAUCGGGGGUGCAUCCGCAAGUCCAAAAUGCGCUGGUCGAAGAAAUGAACGCUACUAUCAAUGCAAACCUUGUGAGACGAAAUGUACUGACUGGGUAUUCAAGAGAAAACCGGUAUGUCCGGCAAGGUGCGUCCCCGGAUGUGCAUGCAUUACCAACUGGUUUCGAAAGGACCAGCCAGGCUUUUGGACAGGAACGUGCGUGCGGCCGACUUGGUGCAACCCAAUCACUCAGACCAAAACGGUCGUUAAAGUUGUGCAGCCAGUGAAAACAGUUCCAGGACCACCGGCACCUACAACGUGCGCUAACGUGAGGUGUGGAGCUGGCUCCACUUGUGUUUUGCAGGGAGGUAAACCAGUGUGUGUACCUGGGCAAACCAAUCCUUGCGCCACAACAGUAUGUACCUAUGGAUCCACAUGUGUAGUUGAAGGAGGAAGAGCGAUUUGCAAAAAGCAGGGCGGCCCUAGUCCGCCAAGACCACCUUCGUAUCCGCCUGCGCGACCACCAUCGCCUCCUUCGUAUCCCUCUACAGGACCGUCGCCUCCGAAUUACAGACCUAGCGACACUCCGCAGUCUGACGCUCCCGCGCGCAAAGGCCCUACGUCAUGCCCACGUAACGAAGUGCUGACUCAAUGUGGUGGUUGCGAAGGACAAUGUCAGGCUGGGAAUCCGCCGAGACCGGUACCAGUCUGUACAACACCUAAGCCAUGUGCAAGGCAAUGCAAAUGCAGACCAGGAUUCGCUCGCAUUAACAAAGUCUGCGAAGCGCGAAGUCUUUGUAAUACAAACUACCGACCAAAGCUCACCAUAAAAACUAAGACCGUCGUGAAAACUCUACCCCCAAAGACAGUUCCUGGACCACCAGGACCUCCAGGAAACCCAUGCCUUGUGACCAGUUGUGAACCUGGAGCUACGUGCCAAGUCCAAGACGGAAAAGCAGUUUGCAUAGCGGGGCCGACUAAUCCAUGCGAAAAAGUCGUUUGCCAGAGAGGAAAAACAUGUCAGGUACAAGGACAACAAGGCGUAUGCGUUGUUAGCCAACCUCCUCCAAAGGACGCACCAAGAGGUCCUACUCAACCUUGCCUGGCCAAAUGUUCGGCUGGACAACGGUGCCAGCUGAAGUUUGACGACAACAGUUGCUACAAUCCACCCUGCGAAGGAGUGCCUACAUGCGUUCCCGCCUAA